AUGAGCACCAAAACGAUGCGUCCCCCUCCGCGUCGCGUUUUGACUUCAAAUAAGCGCAAGGAGAUGGAGGGUUUUGAUUCCCUGGAGUCGUCUCCACCAUCACCACCAACACCCACACCAACAAAAUCACCCAAGCCGACUUCUCCUCAAGCCGGCUCCGCAAGACACACUCAGCCGGUUUCAUUUAAUCAGCUAAUGGCCGGGUAUUUAGCAUAUGAAUACCUGAGCAAGGGUACAAUCUACGGUGAAAAGUGGGACCCAGACGGAGCCGAAGAGGAGUGGAAGAAGGCUGAGCCGAGCGAGGAUCGCGAAGAAGAAGGCGAGCCGAAUAAAGGAGAUUAUAGAAGGUACGUGGAAGUAUCAAGCUUGUUGAAGGGAGAUGGGGCCCACUUGCCUGGAGUUGUGAACCCAAGUGAGCUCUCUCGCUUCUUGCAGAUGUGA